CGAAAAAUCAGUGCAGCCAUUUCGCGAAUCUUAAUGUUUUGAAAUUUUUUUUUUGUCAGAGAAAAAUCAGCUGAUGUUUUUUUUCGAGUGAUAAUUCGAUUGAUAACUCGUAUGGUUGCGAAUUUUUUAAUUAUUUCGUUUAAUGAUCUAUUCUUUCAUUAAAAGAAGCCACGUAAUACGGAUAAUCGAUGGAACUUUAGCUUCCGUGCUCGUCUUUUGUACCGCUGUGAUGUAAUAUUAAUUAGAAAACUCGACUUUUAAAUAGUAUUCCUUCGCUGUAUGUUAAUUUCACGUGUGGACGAAUUCCAAAUCAAUGAAUGAAGCUACCGGCGACCUCAACCGGCUAUCUGUUUACAACUCAACAUCAUACCUCACAUAAUCGUUUCACCGAUUCAAUCGUGUCCGUCGACUGCCACCGAUCAGCCAGAAUGGAAGCUGAACAAGUCUACGAUCAAUUGCUGGAAGAAAUCUUCACCGAAAUCGUAUUCCAGGUAGAAAUCGAGAAACAUUUCGAGCAAUCUUUACAAACCGAGUUGAAAAAAUACGUCAAAGAAGAUAAAUCUAUCAAUCACACGAAUAUUUUCAACACGGCUACGUCUAAAGAUACCAACGAAUGCAUUUGCCCUAACUGCGGUCGAACCUUGGGUGCUGUUAGAUUCGCUCCUCAUCUAGAGAAGUGCGUCGGUAUGGGUCGCAGUAGCUCGAGAAUAGCCAGUCGUCGUAUUCUGGCCAGCAGCAAUAGUGGCAAAGACGGUAAAUACUCGGAUGAAUCCGGAGACGGUGAUGGAGUUAUGAUGAAUCAAAACAACGCCGAAUGGGUACCGCCCAAAGCUACCAGACGUUUGGAUGGACGCAAGAAGAAAGAUCGCAAUAAGCAUAAAAAUAACAAGAAGAAGACCGAAGAAGGGUUACCUCUGAGUAACGGCGACGAAAACGAUGAUUUGAGUUACAGUAAUAUGAAUCAAGAGCAGAGACAGAAUAUCUUAGAUAAUAUGUGCGGCGUUGUUUCCGAACAUACUGGGAAGCUGUGUACUCGUUCUGUUAGAUGUCCUAAGCAUUCCGACGAGCAGAGGAAUAGCAUCAGAAUGACGUUUUUACCCACUAGUACGGUUUUACCCGGUGAUUUUUCCAAGAUGACUGUUCACGAGAUUAAAGGUAUAGAGGAUAUAGAGAUGAUCGAAGUUGAACAAAUACCCGAUGCUGAUGUACCGGCGAGAAAACCAGACAAGACUAGAUCCAAGUAAGACGCUUUUAAUCGAAAUGACUGUGUUCAUCGUGAUAAAGUGAGCAGCGGAGAAAUAGCAGUAUUUUUAUAUUUAGUUCCUGUUUGAUAAAUGACAACGAAUGUACUUAUUUAUUUCACCCCUUUUGUAACCGAGUUUAUUUGAUAUUUUAUUUUUUAAGAUUUAGUCGUGUAUUAUUGUUUAUUGAGUAUAUGUUGUAAGUUGAAUAUUGCGAUAGUUCGUUUGUGAUUUAUAUUUAUUUUUUUGAAAAAAAAUUCCGUAUUUUAGAGUAUAAGCGUUGACUCAUUUUUCUAAUUAAAAUUUAUCAUUUCAAUUUGA